AUGGUAGCGAGUAGUGCAAAAUCAAGUCAACCCAGCACAACACACGCUGGAGACGGUCCCUCGAAUGGGUACAAGGACGAAACUGUUCAAGCUCCAAAAGACAUGUCGCCAGCAAACGGUAAUAAAGCUCCUGUUGUUCAAGGAGCAAAAGAUAACCUCAAAGAACCGUUGCAAACGUCGCAAGCGAACGGGGAAAAUGGGAAUCACAGUAAUACCGAUUCAAUGCAACCCUCAAAUGAAAAUUCUCCGGCACCGGAAUCUCACCCGCGUAACGCACAAACGGCGUCAAAGUUGAAGAAUCCGUUAAAGUCCGAUUCCCCUUCGGACAGUGAUGAUUCGGAUUACAUUGAUCAAUUCUUCGACGACGAGCCUGAGCUUAACGUCGAAAAGCGGUUGAAACCCGCACCAAAUAAGGUUAAAGCGAAAGUUUCCCCUCCAAAGAAAAAUGAAACAGGAUGGAAAGUAGAGAACAGUGACUGUCAACUGAAAUACGAAACGGAAAGCGAUAUUUCCGACGACGAACCACCGUCGAUGUGUGUCGCAAAAAAGCGUAAGGCACCAUCGUUCGUACAAGAAACAACUGAACACCAACUGGUGGCGUUGAAAAGGAAGCGUGCGAGUCCAUCUUCCGACGAUGAAGCUUCCGACGAAUCCUACGAUGAAUUCUACGAUGAAUCCUACGACGAAUCCUCCGAUGAAUCCUACGAUAGUGAAAAUGAUUUGGAUUUGCUGGACGAAGACACUGACGAUGAGGAUUGGACCGAAUCGGACGAAUAUGAUUCGGAAUUUGACGACUUCGAUGACGAGAUCGAUGGAGAAAUGCAUUUCUCCAUCAACGAUGUCGUCGAGAGCGACGAUGAAGACUAUCGCAAUUAUAUGAGCGGCCAGCCGUACGAUAGCGAAGAAACCGAUGACGAUUUCACACCCAUGAAAGAACACGUGCCCACGCUGUUCGUACCACCCGGGGCAGCGUCAAUUUACGAUCUCAACGACGAGAGCAUCAAGUUUGACAACUCGUUGCGGAUCAUCGAACUAUCGGCUGACUAUGGUGCCGAGAAGGACUCCGUAAAGCCCCCCGAGCCUGUCGCAGAUGAGGCCGCCGAAAGUGAUGGCUCGUGUCCGAUGCUGGUUGACGCACGUCCUAAAGAGGCCCCUAAAAUCAAGGCACAUCGGUUCUUCAACUCCCUGGUUCAGCGCAAGGCCCUUGGUUUGCUGCGUGCUCCAAUCUACGUGAUAGGGCACGUUUCCGUCCAGGUGCUGUUCGGGAAGGUCGAAAUUAUGGGCUACCAGCUUCAACAGCUGGAAUCGAAAGACAUCUACGCGUCAUCGGGGUACAACGCGAUCAACCUAUCGCCGCAGCCCAUUCAGGCUGGCUUCAGCCGGGAGAUAUUCGAGCGAAUUUUAACCAAGCUGAAGCCAAACUACCUGGAGGCGGACAUUCAGCUGCUGAAGGAAACGUACGAUCCGGCAACGGACGUGCUAGUGUUCCUCGACGCGACUCUCAACGCGUACGGUUCCGUUCCGGCAGUAUGCAACAUCAUGCCCGAAUUAGAGCUAUUUCCGAUCCCGGCCACAUUGAACCCGAACGCGCAGUUCCACCUGACGGAACACCUGCUCGAGAUAGCGUUCGUUGUUCCGGGUCCGUCGGUACCGCGAAAUGUGUCACUAUUCCAGCACAAUCCUGCGUGGGACACGAUGCAGCUGGAACCGUCCACCCGCCUGAUGAUCAUGGGCGGUAAGGGAUCGGGAAAAUCAACGCUCUGCCAGUAUCUCAUCAACCGGCACGUGAAGCAGUUUGGACGGAUAGUGCUGAUCGAUCUCGACAUCGGUCAACCGUUGCUUCAUCUCCCCGAGACGGUGAGCGUUAGCGUCUUGACGAAACCGAUCCUCGGUGUGGGAUGUUUUGCGACGAUUGAACCGGUAAAGUGUCUGCUUUUUGGCAGCCUAAACGUCGUGUCGUCCCCGGUGGUGUACGUGCAGAAUGUGCGCACCCUGCUGGAAUAUUGUAACGCUGAUCCGACAAUCGCUCAAGUGCCCUGGAUCGUGAAUACGAUGGGAUACGUGGUAGGGUUUGGCGAGGAACUGACGGCUGUGCUCGUGCGGUUGUUUCAACCCACGGAUCUCAUCCAACUGACGCUGCCGAGCGGUCACAGGAAGUCGCAAAAUUACACCAACCAGCUGACGGCCAGCGUAAUCAACGGGUUUAAGUUCAACAUACUGAAGGAGGAGAUCGAUCAUCAGCAAACGCCACUGCAGUACCGUUUCCAUCCGAUGGACGUCAUGUUCGAGCAGCGCACUUCGUCCCUUUUGCCACCGAAGCGCCGCAACAUCUCGAUCAUGGCGCAGUUGGUGAAGAUCCUGGGCGAGGAGGCAGAAUCGUUUACCGACGUGAAACCACACAGUGCAUCGCUGGAUGAUCUCAAAAUCCUGAUUACCCGCGACGAGUACGUCCCGUCGAAGAAAAUACAACAGUAUCUGCUGAACGCCACCUUGGUGUAUCUCUGCGAGUUGCUUAGCAACGGCCAAUUCGACUGUUUCGGUGUGGGAAUUGUACGUGCGGUGGAUCUGAACCGAACCGUCCAUCUGCUGCACGCGCUCACACCGGAACAACUCGCGAAGGUGAAUGUGCUGUCGCUGUGCAACACGAGCCUGCCAAGCCACGUUUAUUUACACCAGAGUCCCAGCAUUGAAGGAACGGUGCCGUAUCUGCACAUCGUGGAACCGUCGCCUCCCACGCCAGACGUGUAG